CUGGUGGGGGUAAUUAGAGCAUGAUCUGACACUGAGGUCAAAGAUGAGAGACAGCUACACAGGAGGCUGAGCAUGGGAAUUUGAAGUUGGCCACUGAUGUAGGAAUGCCCUGUUUAUAACAAAAGUAACAGUUAGAUCCCAUGGCAAAAUUACCAAACUAAAUAUGUUUUGUAUGCAUUUAUAUGCACUUUGAAUUAUGGCAGAUAUAUAGCUGCAGAUAUUUAGCUGCCUAGGACACAGAUAUAGGAUGGUGCUGAGGAGGAACCUGUUAUGCCAACCCCUAGACUGGACAUUGCACUAGGCUUUCAUGUGAAUGCUAUUAUUGCACAUGUAAUUCACUACCAUGUAUGUAUGUGCAGUAAUGAAUGUGUUAAGGAUGGAUGGGUUGGCUAGGGUGUCUAGGUGGCCUGGCCUACCACUGUUUUGAAUGUUUCAUUGUUGUAAUAAAAGUUUUUCUUUUCUUUUUAGAUUAUGGAAAUUAUAUUUCCCUCACUGUUUUUCUUCCAUUUAAGAAAGAAAAGAAUGGAAAAAGUCGAUAAGCCUUUUAAUAAUGGAAAGCAAGUUAAAAGGCGCAAAUGCCAGAAGAUAAAAAUGUUUCGUGACCGAGUGACGCUGGUGGACCUAACGGACACUGAGAUUAAGGAUCGAUACAGGCUAAACACUGUGGAGAUUCUAUCGCUGUAUGAUGUGCUGAAAGUGAAUUUGUGCAAGCCAACUAAAAGAUCUCACGCCAUCCCUGGCCUUGUACGUUUGCUGUUGGCAUUAAAUUUUUUUGCAAAAGGUGACUUUCAAAGUUGCAUAGCAGUGAUUGGCGGUGUGUCUCAAAGCUCUUGCAGCCGCUCAUUGGAUGAAGUUUUGAAAGCAAUUAUGUUAGUUUAUAAAUCGUAUGUCUACUUUCCUUCUGACAGCAGUUAUUUGAAUACAGUUAAAGGAAAAUUUUAUGAGAUUGGCGGAUUUCCUAACAUUGUGGGAAUUAUAGAUUGUACACACAUUACACUAUGCCCACCUGCUGACCUGGAGCACAUUUACAGAAAUCGGAAGAGCUCCCACAGCAUUAAUGUCCAGCUUGUGUGUUCCUUUAAUCUAAAAUUUGUGGAUAUAGUUGCUAAAUUCCCAGGCUCUUCUCACGAUUCGUAUAUCUUGUCAAAUUCAUCUUUGUCUGAACGUUUUCAACAGGGCGAAUUCAAAGAUUCGUGGCUAUUAGGAGAUUGUGGAUAUCCGUUAAAAACUUGGCUGAUGACGCCAGUGUGGCGGCCUAAGAAUGCAAAAGAAAAAAACUACAACCGAGUCCAUGCUACAACAAGAUGUAUAAUUGAAAGAGCAUUUGGAAUCUUAAAGAGCAAAUUCCGUUGUUUGGACAUCACUGGGGGGUCACUACUGUACUCGCCUGAAAAGGUGUGCUACAUUGUUGUAGCGUGUGUUGUUUUACAUAAUAUCAUUAUACAAAGGGUCCAAAAUGAUGUAUGUGAAAUCCAACCAGCAUGUGAAGAAAACACUGACCUUCAAAUGCAUGUUGACCAGAAUGAAGCAAUUAUCACAAGGAACGAUUUGAUUCAACGAUUUUUUUGAUUGAUUCACUUGACUUUGGGAGGUUACAUUUUUUUUUGUAAAACUUGUUUAUAUUCUUAUUGUUGAUAUCUUGUUAAAUGUAUUCAUAUGAAAAGCUUACAAAACAAUCUUAAAAGGGUGGUUCUCCUUUACAGUAAAUUUACUUAUGUUAUAGAAAGGCUAAUUGAAAGGAACUUUUCAAUUGUUUUUCAUUAUUUAAUUUAAUUUAGAGUUAUAUGUCAUUUAUAUGCCAUUUUCUUCUAACUCUUCUUUUGACAGCAUUCCAAUGGGCGUCACUGUCCCCCUUCUAAAAAACAAAUGCUCUGUAAAGCUACAAAUUUAUUGUUAAUGCUUCUUUGUUUUGUGAAUGUUGCUAUUCAGGCCUCUCCUGUUUAGAUUCCAGUUUCUUAUUCAAAUCAAUGCAUGAUUGCUAGACAAAUGUUGGCCCUAGUUUGCAGAUUGGUUCAGAUGCAAAUUGAAGAAGCGCUGAAUAGAACUGAAAUAGUUGAGCUCCUGUUUGAAAUGUAACAGCCUAUACACACCUCAUAUAGCCUGUAUGGCGGUAUUCUUUAUUCAUUUGUCCAUACAAAAUCUCUUCUGUUCAGUAAAAUUUUGUCGGCUGGCGAGCCGUGUACAGCCUCCUUCAAAUCAUUUCUAAGAUUUAUUACGAUAUUCAGGUGGGGUAGCGUGAUGGACAUUUGCAAAAAAUUUAAUUUUCCACAAAUGUUUGCACAACCAGAUUUACACAUUUGUUUUAAUUUCAUGCAACAGAAUAUUGUGUCACUAAAAUUCUUUGUUUAUAAAACAUCCCACUAUUCAGAUUUGUAUUGAAAUUAAAAGACAUACCACUGUUAUUUUUCACAUUGAAAUUGGAGUAAAUAGUAAUGCAUAUUAAAAUGAUAUUUAACUUAUUGAGCAUGGUGGUAUAUUUUUUAUAUUCUUUU